AGGAAAUCUCGGGGCUUUGCUCUUAUCGAAAGUGUUCGUCAGGGUGAUUUUUGAUGACCACAGUCCAGAAGUGCUGGCGUCCGAAUGCAUUUUCUUUGGCUUUGCCAAGAAGAGUCGUGAACUUCAAAACCCCCGACACGGAUUAUCAAUCCUGCUUUGCAGGAAAGGAAAACCCUCAAUCCCCGGCCACCCGCCACCCCUCUCCGGAGAUUCUGCAAUCGCCCAGGCGCUCGGAGUCGGAAGGGGACGCUUUGGGAAUGACCAUGCUCCACGGAGGGACAGAGCCGGCCCCCAGCUUCUCUACACAGAGCCUCCUCCACUAAAGCUCCAAAAAUCAAAAACCGUGAUUGCCAGAAGAAUCAUUAAAAAAAUAGCCCAGCCACUAACCUCACAUGCAAAUGGAAUAAUUACUCUGGAUUCUGCAUUGUGAGCUGCUCUCCAUAUUCUGAAUUACCUUUGAAUUCAGUCUUUUUUUCUUUGAAUUUGCAUCUCUUCAAGACACAAGAUUAAAACAAAAUUCACGCUAAAUUGGAUUUUAAAUUAUCUUCCUUUCAUUUAUCCUUCGUCUUUCUUAUGUGGAUAUGCCAGCGAGAAGAGGAGACUGGACAUUCCCAACAUGCUCACUCCCUUAAUCUGUCCGUCUAGAGGUUUGGCUUCUACAAACCAAGGGAGUCGACGAGUUGAAGAUGAAGCCCAGAGCAGAGUGCUGUUCUCCCAAGUUCUGGUUGGUGUUGGCUGUCCUGGCCGUGUCAGGCAGCAGAGCUCGUUCUCAGAAGAGCCCCCCCAGCAUUGGCAUUGCUGUCAUCCUCGUGGGCACUUCCGACGAGGUGGCCAUCAAGGAUGCCCACGAGAAAGAUGAUUUCCACCAUCUCUCCGUGGUACCCCGUGUGGAGUUGGUAGCCAUGAAUGAGACUGACCCAAAGAGCAUCAUCACCCGCAUCUGUGAUCUCAUGUCUGACCGGAAGAUCCAGGGCGUGGUGUUUGCUGAUGACACAGAUCAGGAGGCCAUUGCCCAGAUCCUUGACUUCAUUUCAGCCCAGACUCUCACUCCCAUCCUGGGCAUCCACGGAGGCUCCUCAAUGAUAAUGGCAGAUAAGGAUGAAUCCUCCAUGUUCUUCCAGUUUGGCCCAUCAAUUGAACAGCAAGCUUCUGUAAUGCUCAAUAUCAUGGAAGAGUAUGACUGGUACAUCUUUUCUAUCGUCACCACCUACUUCCCCGGCUACCAGGACUUUGUAAACAAGAUUCGCAGCACCAUUGAGAACAGCUUCGUGGGCUGGGAGUUAGAGGAAGUCCUCCUGCUGGACAUGUCCCUGGAUGAUGGAGAUUCUAAGAUCCAGAACCAGCUUAAGAAGCUUCAGAGCCCCAUCAUUCUUCUUUAUUGUACUAAGGAAGAAGCCACCUACAUCUUUGAAGUCGCUAACUCCGUAGGGCUGACUGGCUAUGGCUACACAUGGAUUGUGCCCAGUCUGGUGGCAGGGGAUACAGACACGGUGCCCUCGGAGUUCCCCACCGGGCUCAUCUCUGUGUCCUAUGAUGAAUGGGACUAUGGCCUCCCUGCCAGGGUGAGGGAUGGGAUUGCCAUAAUCACCACCGCUGCUUCUGACAUGCUGUCUGAACACAGCUUCAUCCCAGAGCCCAAGAGCAGUUGUUACAACACCCAUGAGAAGAGAAUCUACCAGUCCAACAUGCUAAAUAGGUAUCUGAUCAAUGUCACUUUUGAGGGAAGAAAUCUGUCCUUCAGUGAAGAUGGCUACCAGAUGCACCCGAAACUGGUGAUAAUCCUUCUGAACAAGGAGAGGAAGUGGGAGAGGGUGGGCAAGUGGAAAGACAAGUCCCUGCAGAUGAAGUACUACGUGUGGCCCCGAAUGUGUCCUGAGACAGAAGAACAGGAGGAUGACCAUCUGAGCAUUGUAACCCUGGAGGAGGCCCCCUUUGUCAUUGUGGAAAGUGUGGACCCUCUGAGUGGAACCUGCAUGAGGAACACAGUCCCCUGCCAAAAACGCAUAGUCUCUGAGAAUAAAACAGAUGAGGAGCCAGGUUACAUUAAAAAGUGCUGCAAGGGGUUCUGUAUCGACAUCCUUAAGAAAAUUUCUAAAUCUGUGAAGUUCACUUAUGAUCUUUACCUGGUUACCAAUGGCAAGCAUGGGAAGAAGAUCAAUGGAACCUGGAAUGGUAUGAUUGGAGAGGUGGUCAUGAAGAGGGCCUACAUGGCGGUGGGGUCGCUCACCAUCAAUGAGGAGCGAUCUGAGGUGGUCGACUUCUCUGUGCCCUUCAUAGAGACCGGUAUCAGUGUCAUGGUGUCACGUAGCAAUGGGACUGUCUCACCUUCUGCCUUCUUAGAGCCGUUCAGUGCUGACGUAUGGGUUAUGAUGUUCGUGAUGCUGCUCAUCGUCUCAGCCGUGGCUGUCUUUGUCUUCGAGUACUUCAGCCCUGUGGGUUAUAACAGGUGCCUCGCUGAUGGCAGAGAGCCAGGUGGCCCAUCUUUUACCAUCGGCAAAGCUAUUUGGUUACUCUGGGGUCUGGUGUUUAACAACUCCGUACCCGUGCAGAACCCAAAGGGCACCACCUCCAAGAUCAUGGUGUCGGUGUGGGCCUUCUUUGCCGUCAUCUUCCUGGCCAGCUACACUGCCAACUUAGCUGCCUUCAUGAUCCAGGAGGAGUAUGUGGACCAGGUUUCCGGCCUGAGUGACAAAAAGUUCCAGAGACCUAAUGACUUCUCACCCCCUUUUCGCUUUGGGACUGUGCCCAAUGGCAGCACAGAGAGGAACAUUCGCAAUAACUACGCAGAAAUGCAUGCCUACAUGGGAAAGUUCAACCAGAGGGGUGUAGAUGAUGCAUUGCUCUCCCUGAAAACAGGGAAACUGGAUGCCUUCAUCUAUGAUGCAGCAGUGCUGAACUACAUGGCAGGCAGAGAUGAAGGCUGCAAGCUGGUGACCAUUGGCAGUGGAAAGGUCUUUGCUUCCACUGGUUAUGGCAUUGCCAUCCAAAAGGAUUCUGGGUGGAAGCGCCAGGUGGACCUUGCUAUCCUGCAGCUAUUUGGAGAUGGGGAGAUGGAGGAGUUGGAAGCUCUCUGGCUCACUGGCAUUUGCCACAACGAAAAGAAUGAGGUCAUGAGCAGCCAGCUGGACAUUGACAACAUGGCGGGUGUCUUCUACAUGUUGGGCGCAGCCAUGGCUCUCAGUCUCAUCACCUUCAUCUGCGAACACCUUUUCUAUUGGCAGUUCCGGCACUGCUUUAUGGGUGUCUGUUCUGGCAAGCCUGGCAUGGUCUUCUCCAUCAGCAGAGGUAUCUACAGCUGCAUCCAUGGAGUGGCUAUCGAGGAGCGCCAGUCCGUGAUGAAUUCCCCCACCGCGACCAUGAACAACACACACUCCAACAUCCUGCGCCUGCUCCGCACGGCCAAGAACAUGGCCAACCUGUCUGGUGUGAACGGCUCCCCCCAGAGCGCCCUGGACUUCAUCCGACGGGAGUCAUCUGUCUAUGACAUCUCUGAGCACCGCCGCAGCUUCACGCAUUCCGACUGCAAAUCCUACAACAACCCGCCGUGCGAGGAGAACCUCUUCAGUGACUACAUCAGUGAGGUGGAGAGAACUUUUGGUAACCUGCAGCUGAAGGACAGCAACGUGUACCAAGACCACUAUCACCACCACCACCGGCCCCACAGCAUCGGCAGCGCCAGCUCCAUCGACGGGCUCUACGACUGCGACAACCCGCCUUUUACCACCCAGCCACGGUCCAUCAGCAAGAAGCCCCUGGACAUUGGCCUACCCUCCUCCAAACACAGCCAGCUAAGUGACCUGUACGGCAAAUUCUCCUUCAAGAGCGACCGCUACAGUGGCCACGAUGACCUGAUCCGCUCCGAUGUGUCCGACAUCUCCACGCACACGGUCACCUACGGAAACAUCGAGGGCAACGCCGCCAAGAGGCGUAAGCAACAAUACAAGGACAGCCUGAAGAAGCGGCCGGCCUCGGCCAAGUCCCGACGGGAGUUUGAUGAGAUCGAGCUGGCCUACCGCCGCCGGCCGCCCCGCUCCCCUGACCACAAGCGCUACUUCAGGGACAAGGAAGGGCUCCGGGACUUCUACCUGGACCAGUUCCGCACGAAGGAGAACUCCCCGCACUGGGAGCACGUGGACCUGACGGAUAUCUACAAGGAGCAGAGCGAUGACUUCAAGCGCGACUCGGUCAGCGGAGGCGGGCCCUGUACCAACAGGUCUCACCUCAAACACGGGGCGGGCGACAAGCACGGCGUGGUUAGCGGGGUCCCGGCGCCCUGGGAGAAGAACCUGACCAACGUGGAUUGGGAGGACCGCUCCGGGGGCAACUUCUGCCGCAGCUGCCCCUCCAAGCUGCACAACUACUCCACGACGGUGACCGGGCAGAACUCGGGCAGGCAGGCGUGCAUCCGGUGCGAAGCUUGCAAGAAAGCAGGCAACCUGUACGACAUCAGCGAGGACAACUCCCUGCAGGAGCUGGACCAGCCAGCUGCCCCCGUGGCCGUGCCAUCAAACGCCCCCAGCGCCAAGUACCCCCAGAGCCCGACCAACUCCAAAGCCCAGAAGAAGACCCGGAACAAACUGCGCCGGCAGCACUCCUACGACACCUUCGUGGACCUGCAGAAGGAAGAAGCCGCCUUGGCCCCGCGCAGCGUGAGCCUGAAAGACAAGGGCCGGUUCCUGGAUGGGAGUCCCUACGCCCACAUGUUUGAGAUGCCAGCUGGCGAGAGCACCUUUGCCAACAAUAAGUCCUCAGUGCCCACUGCCGGCCACCACCACCACAACAACCCCGGCGGCGGCUACAUGCUCAGCAAGUCGCUCUACCCUGACCGGGUCACGCAAAACCCUUUCAUCCCCACUUUUGGGGACGACCAGUGCUUGCUCCAUGGCAGCAAAUCCUACUUCUUCAGGCAGCCCACGGUGGCGGGGGCGCCGAAAGCCAGGCCAGACUUCCGCGCCCUUGUCACCAACAAGCCGGUGGUCUCGGCCCUUCACGGGGCUGUGCCAGCCCGUUUCCAGAAAGACAUCUGUAUAGGGAACCAGUCCAACCCCUGUGUGCCUAACAACAAAAACCCCAGGGCUUUCAAUGGCUCCAGCAAUGGGCAUGUUUAUGAGAAACUUUCUAGUAUUGAGUCUGAUGUCUGAGUGAGGGAAG